ACUCGGCCGGAAGUGACGCCAUAGCUGCGACGCCAGCGCUUACUCUCCUUGCUGCUGCAGAUUUUCGGUGGUUCUGUAGACCGUGGGCUUCCCCUGGAUGAUUGCAGCAGAGGAAUCAUGACGGGGAAGAAGUCUUCCCGGGAAAAGCGGCGCAAACGAAGCGGUCAGGAGGCUGCGGCGGCGCUUGCGGCGCCAGAACUUGUCCCCGCCGUCGCCGGCAGCGGCAGUGGAAGCACCAGCGGCUGCGGUAGCGCAAGCGGCUGCGGGAGCGUCACCUGCUGUGGGAACACCAGCUUCAGUGGAAGUGUCACCGGCGCUGGGAGCGGUGGUAGCUGCUGGGGUGGCAGCGGCGUGGAGCGCAGCGAGCGUCGGAAGCGGAGGAGCACUGACUCAUCUUCCAGUGUUUCGGGAUCCCUGCAGCAGGAAGCCAAAUAUCUUUUGCCAACUCUUGAAAAAGAGUUAUUCCUGGCAGAGCACAGUGACCUUGAAGAAGGUGGAUUGGACCUGACUGUGGCAUUAAAACCAGUUAGUUUCUAUAUCUCAGACAAAAAGGAAAUGCUUCAGCAGUGUUUCUGUAUCAUAGGAGAAAAGAAGUUACAGAAGAUGCUUCCUGAUGUGUUAAAGAACUGUUCAAUAGAAGAAAUUAAAAAACUCUGCCAGGAACAGUUAGAGCUCCUGUCUGAAAAAAAAAUCUUGAAGAUUCUUGAGGGUGACAAUGCUGUGGACUCUGAUAUGGAAGAAGAGGCAGAUGAUGGUUCUAAGAUGGGAUCUGAGUUAGUUAGUCAACAAGACAUCUGUACAGAUUCUACUUCAUCCCUGAAAGAGAACAAGCAACCUGAAGGUUUGGAAUUAAAACAAGGCAAAGGGGAAGAUAGUGAUGUACUCAGUAUAAAUGCAGAUGCUUACGACAGCGACAUAGAAGGUCCAUGCAAUGAAGAAGCAGCUGCUCCUGAGGUCCCAGAAAAUACAGUCCAAAGUGAAGCUGGUCAGAUAGAUGACCUGGAGAAAGACAUUGAGAAAAGUGUGAAUGAAAUUCUGGGACUGGCAGAAUCUAGCCCAAAAGAACCCAAAGCAGCCACCCUGACUGUUCCUCCACCUGAAGAUGUUCAGCCUUCUGCACAGCAGCUGGAGCUGCUAGAACUUGAGAUGAGAGCAAGAGCUAUUAAAGCCCUCAUGAAAGCUGGUGAUAUAAAAAAGCCAGCCUAGUUAUUUAAA